AUUGCGUCAUUAUAUUGCGACGAACUGAGGAGGGGCAGAUGUAAACGUGCAUGCUGAUGAGUCCAAUUAUAACAGACUGUUUGAUUCGCGAUCACGACGAUUAAUAAACUCUUUUUUUUUAUCCGUUUACAUCCAUACACUAUCAUAAUAGUGUAUAUUUUUGGAGCAGCUGGUCACAGUAAAGAGCGACGCAUAAGCCAGCACAUUUGAAGAUGUCUGUAACGGAGAUGUUUAGCUACAUCCAAGGAUUUUUGAGUGCCGAUCAAGAUAUUCGAGAGGACAUAAGAAAGGUUGUCCAAGUUCUGGAGCAGACAGCGAGAGAGAUCCUCACUGUUCUUCAAAGUGUCCAUCAACCAAGCGGUUUCAAAGACAUUCCCAGCAAGUGUUUGAAGGCUAGAGAGCUGUUCUGCACUGUAAGAAACCACACUGGAGAGCUGAAAACGAAGUUCCCUGUGGAACAGUACUAUCGGUAUCAUGAACACUGGAGAUUUGUUCUUCAACGACUUGCCUUCCUUGCUGCUUUUGUGGUAUACCUGGAAAGCGAGUCCUUGGUUACACGUGAGGAAGUGGCAAAAAUACUUGCAAUUGAAGUCGACAGAGAAAAAGGGUUUCAUUUGGAUGUGGAAGACUAUCUUGCAGGAGUUCUUAUUUUGGCCAGUGAGCUGUCGAGGCUGGCAGUGAACAGCGUGACCGCUGGUGACUAUGGACGUCCGCUUAGGAUCUCAAACUUUAUCAAUGAACUUGACUCUGGCUUUCGGUUGCUUAACUUAAAAAACGACCCUCUUCGCAAGCGCUAUGACGGCCUCAAGUAUGAUGUGAAGAAGAUCGAGGAGGUGGUGUACGAUCUCUCCAUCCGAGGCCUUGCCAAGGAGCAGGAGUCCGGAGGAGAUAAGUAAGAGGAGGUGUGGGAAUGCAAGCGGCUGCGGGGCACUACCCUUGCUGGGAUUCUCCACAACUGGAAGAGUGGUUAAACCUGUCUGCGAGCAAGUUAGCGGAGGAAGAGGGGAGGGAAUGGAGGUCUUGAAGCCCCAGCAGCCUUGGGCGAUAUCUUUUUUUUUUUCUUUUAAGCCACCUGUCCUCAAAGACUGAGAUUAGUUCAGGUUUUAGUGAGGAGAUCUUCUCUUUCUCACUUUUGUUGAGAGAUGCUUAUGUACAGAUGCAUUUUUUGCCUGUUUUUUUUUUUUUGUUGUGGGGGGGGGGGGGGGGGGGAGUUGGAUGCUUUUUACUAUUAUUGAUGUUUUUGUCUUGGCCAUGUCUCUUGUGAAUCAUUGUGCAGUUAAACAAGAAGGAAUAAAAACAUUUUUGGGUGGAAGAUACUUAAAAAAUGCUGUUAAAAUCAAAGUUCCGUGCCUGUUUUGUGGCUUUAUGUCCAGUUGAGACAUCAAGACAUUUUCUUGAUGUUAAACUAUAGAAAUAUUACAUUUGACACACACCUAUGCUCAUUGAUUUGUUAGAUUGGGUUUCAUAACCAAGCACUUUUCUGGAAUGUAAAACUUUUCUGUUCAAAUCACAUUAUACCAUAACAUAUCUUGCAAAGGUGUACAUGUGCCAAACUGUUUAGUUCAAUGCCGUAAAAACAUAUUCAAUCGUUAAAUCAUCUAGUGGUUUCCUUUAACCACUGGUUUGCUGUGUGUACAUAUUUAUACUUUCAUGUAUUUUAGUUCAUCCAGUAAUUAUUAUUUACUCAACCUCAAUGUCACUCCAAACCUGUCCGACUUAUUUUCUUCUUGGGAACACAAUAUGUUUUUAUCCAUACGAAGUCAACAGAGGUCCAGUGUUGUUUUGGACCCCAUUGACUUUAGUUAUGUGGAAAAAAUGACUGUAAACAUCUUCAAUAUCUCUUAUGUGAUGCACAGUAGAACUUUAGGUUUGGAACUACGUGAGGAAGAGUAAAUAAUGAUAGAAUGCUAAUUGUUUGAUUAUUACUUGAGAGCAAAGUGAUUUAUUAGUGCAAAUUUGACCGCUGGUUUAUCACUUCUGCUUUUCGGUUCAUAUGUUUCUUUCCUUUUGUUCUGGCAUUUAUAUUGUUAUGCAUGCUAAAUCUGCAGAUAGUGUCGUUUUGGGAAGAGCUAUGGAAAGAUAACACUAAAACCUUCCGAACAAAUGUUUUCAAAGGACAAACUGACAACGCAUUUGUAUUCCUUUGUAAAGGUUUAUGGCAACCUUUAUGUUUCUCCCUAUUUAGUUUGUGGAUUCUUAGUGCAUUUACUUUUUUUUUUAUUGCUCUUCUUGUUGUGGCUUCUUUGUGGGUGCAUUUCUUAUCUGCUCUUUCAGUGGUUUUGGGGGGCUUUUACUUAAAAUGGUUAAAAAGAAAUUCUCUGCAAUAUUGCUUUGUAUUCUUCGUUUCUCCCCAAAGACAGAUUUCUCAGAGAGAGAUUUCUUAUCUUUUCUGAGUAUUUGAAGUUGAAAUGCCUAUGUUCAUGUGGUGGUUCAACUUUCCACUGGAAAACCAUUCGCUUGUUCACUAAUGUUAUAUAAUAAAGAUUCACAUAAUAAUGUUCUCAGAAAAUAUGGAA